AUGUUCACACUUAUAAUAAUUGCUAUUUCUCAUCUUGUCCUUUUGAUUGUUGCUCAAAGAAAUCCUUUACUCUACAAGCGACAAGAGGAGACUCCAGUACUUCUAGGACUGCAAUGUCCACCGUAUAAUGAGGAUUUCAUGGGUAACCAGGUGCGUCGCUUUUCCGGCGUGUUUCUGGGUGACUUUCGAUCUGGUGGGGGUUCAGUUCCAGGGCCAUUGGCAGUACAAGGCAAUAUGGAUUCGCCUGGGAUUAAUGUUAAUACUCAACGAGGUGCAUCGUGCCCCGCUUCGUCAGACGAGACUUAUUUUGGGAACUAUGGCUUGGUGGUAGAAGGACAAGUUGAUGGUGGCCCUAUUUCAGUAACUGGUGAUGCCUUUUUAGCUGGAGGUGGUGAUACAGCACAAGUGCAUGAAAGUGGCAGGGCAGCUGGAUGUAGUAUCAUCACUGAUCAGGACACCGGUAUACUCAACUUCACAUUGUGGCAAUAUCAGCUCAGCCAGGCAUCAGAACUAUUUGCAAAAUGGUAUCCAAACAUGCGACUAAACAGUGACAACACGGUCACUGUAUUCAGAAGCCCUGACCCAGGGCAUACUCAUUACGACGUUUUCAUCAUGGAUACUUGCGACAAAAGUAUCACCCCCAUGUAUUGUGGAGACGCUAACCCGGAAGAGUUGUCUGAUCCAUCCCAUAUGCUCUUGGGAUUAGGAUCAUGGCCUGGUCCAACAGACUACGAUUUCACCACGUGGACUCCUGAGACCCACGAACAUACAGUGGUCAUUAACGUACCUGUAAAUUCUGGUCACAGCAUUCGCAUCUCAACAGCAAGACCAAGUCAAGGCUUCUUAUCUUGCAACAUUAUCUAUAACUUUUAUCCCGUGGAUACAGAUGGAAGAUUUGAUCGUGAUGGGUCAUUUACCCUAAUCCGUGACACGGAGGUGAUGGGUGGUUAUGUACUGGCAUAUAAUGGACAUGUAAUUGAUGGCGAAAAUGGACACUUUUCAGGGCAAGUGCUUGCUAAAGAAUACAGUUGGGAAAAUCCGACAAGAGGUACCCAUAUCCAGCCAUAUGCUGAUGAUCCCAGUGGUCAUUGCUCGGAUAAUUUCGAAGGAUGUUUCCCAGUUCUUGUGAACAUUGCAGUGCCCACAGCAACCACAACUGAGGUGCAACCCAGCUCAACCGAAGAAUCGUCAUCCACUCCACCUGAAGAAUCGUCAUCCACUCCACCUGAGGAAUCGUCAUCUACUCCACCUGAGGAAUCGUCAUCUACUCCACCUGAGGAAUCGUCAUCCACUCCACCUGAAGAGUCAACAACGGAACCAGUGGAGUCGACUACCGCUCGUGUUAUCAUCACUAAAACAGAGACAACCUUUGCCCCACAGAUUGUCAACACUGAAACCCAAUAUGUAACAUACACACUUACAGCCCACGAACACAACAUCUAUUCAACGAGACCUAUCACUGUCACCAAAACAUAUACACGUUUGCAUACUGACCAUGUACUCCACACAGACUUUCACAGCGAUUGGGCUAUUCUACCUCCUAUAGUCACCGAUAUCACAACCACGAGGACGGCUACACACACUCAAACACCUCUCACUACAAUGACCGUUUUUGCUACGCUAUAG